AUGAACCGCUCCUCACUGGUGACGCGCAUGGCCGAGCGCUUGCUGCGUCCCGGCGUACCCGGCUGGGCGGCCGAGGACCCGGUGGGGCCCGGCCGCGACGAGUUCCUGGCCACCAUUGAGAUCUGCGUGCUGUUCGCCAUCUUCCUGAUGGCGCUGGCGGGCAACAGCAGCAUUCUGCUGGCGCUGCAGGGCAUCCGCUCCAACCGCUGCAUGUCGCGCGUACAUUACUUCAUGCUGCACCUGAGCGUGGCCGACAUCCUGGUGGCGUUCUUCAACGUGUUGCCUCAGCUUGCCUGGGACAUCACAUACCGCUUCAUGGGUCCUAACCUGCUCUGCAAACUGGUCAAGUACGCGCAGGUGUUUACCCUCUACCUCUCCACUUUCAUUAUGGUGGCCAUGGCCAUCGACCGUUACCACGUCAUCUACGGCCGGACGACGUUUCACUCCAACUCGAUCAUCUGCGCGCGGUAUAUGGUGCGCCUGGCGUGGGCGAGCGCCGCGCUAUUUGCACUGCCGCAGCUGGCCAUCUUCUCCGUGCAGCGGCUGCCGUCAGGCGAGACCGACUGCUGGGGCACCUUCCACUUCAGCUGGGGCGAGAAGGCCUACAUCAGCUGGUUCACGGCUGUGGCGUUCGUCGUGCCGUUGGCCAUCAUCGCUUUCUGCUACUCGGCCAUGACGUACCGCAUCUACCAGUGCUCGAAACAGGGCGAGCCGGCCAGCGAGUUCGAGCAGACGCUCUGCUGUCUGACGCUGGAGCUUCGCGUGCGACCGCCGGCCGGCGCCGCCUCGCGCCACCGCGUCAAGGUGUGCGACGAGCGGCGACGCAUCAGCGCCGCCAAGCUGCAGUCGGUGAAGCUGACGCUCUGCGUGGUGCUCUGCUUCGUGGUCUGCUGGGCGCCCUUCUGCUGCACGCAGAUCUACCUCACUUACUUCCCGCCGCAGGACGCGUCAAAACUGCCAGCGGUGUUCGUCAUCUUGUUACUGCUUGCAAGUCUAAAUUCGUGCACGAAUCCCUGGAUCUAUUUGUGCUUCAGCAAAGACGUCGCAGUACAACUGAAGGCGGCGCUGCAGUGCGAGGGCGGCACGUGCAUGCUGCUCGGAUCGCUGCUAUCGCUGCUGCGGUCCGACCAAUCCAUCGUCAGCUCCGACAUCGAGACGGACCCGCCGGAGGCCUGCGUUAUCAUACCGGACGUUCACCGAGCGGCAUCCGCCAUCCUGCGCCGCCUCCGCGCCGCGCGUCGCCCUCCUGACGCCCCGUCGUCGCGUAUCUGA